AUGCGAAACAAGGUCGUUCUGAUCGUGAACACCGCCUCAAAAUGCAGCUUGAGUCCACAAUACCAAGACCUAGAGGACCUCUACCGCCGUCUCCGCGAAACCUGCCGCGACGGCUUUAUGAUCCUGGGCAUUCCAUAUAGCCAGUUUUCACGACAAGAGCCAUGGUCGGCCGGCCAGAUUCAACUGUGGCUCAAGAAACAGAAGGCCGUGUCGUGGUGUUUGCGAAAAAUUAAGUGGAUCUUUACCAAGUUUGUCAUGUACCGGAACGGACAGGUCAGAAGUCAGCGGUCACCGACUACGAAGCCGGAGAGCUUAGAGAAGCAUUUGACUUCACUGUUGGAGGAAUGA